AUGGACGGGCUGAAGGCAUGCAGCGUCCUGGUGACAGGAUCCAACCGGGGUAUUGGCCUAGAGCUUGUCAGGCAGCUGUCGGAGAAGAGGAACGGCCCAGAAUGGAUCUUUGCCACCUGCCGCGACACGGAGGGGCCCCAUGCCCAGGACUUGAAGGAUGUGGCUGCCAAGCACCGGGAAGUUAAAAUCAUCCUGCUGGAAGUUACUGAUCAUUCCAGCAUCCAGGCUGCUGCAGCCAGAGUCACAGAGCACCUGCAAGGAGCUGGGCUGAAUCUGCUCCUCAACAAUGCUGGGAUUAUAAGGCUAAGCACUCUGGAAUCGGAGACGGCAGAGGACAUGGCCGAGGUGUACAAAACCAAUGUGAUCGGGCCCAUGCUGGUGAGCCAGGCGUUCCUGCCCUUGUUGAGGAAGGCAUCUCAGGAAAGCCCCCAACCAGGGAUGAGUUGUAGCAAAGCCGCCAUCGUCAAUGUGUCAAGCGGAGGUGGCUCCAUCACAGAUCUCCGUCUAUGGCAUUUGGGGCAGAAUGUUAACUAUCGUUGCAGCAAGGCGGCUGUAAAUAUGCUCACCCGGUGCCAGUCCCUGGGAUAUGCUGAAGAUGAGAUCCUGUGUGUUGCAUUGAACCCCGGAUGGGUGAAGACAGACAUGGGAAGCAUGACGGCCCCAACAACAGUGGACACAAGAGUGCGAGUGAUUCUGAACACCCUCGGCCGUCUCUCUGAGAAAGACAAUGGCGCUUUUUUGAACUGGGAGGGGACAGCCCUGCCUUGGUGA